GCGGGAUCCUCCGAGUCAGGGCUGGAAGGUGCGGGGGGAGGUAGAGAGGUCCGACGCUCGGCGGGCGCUUCAGGGGCCGCAGGGUCGGCCUGCCGUCCUUCCGUGGCGACCGAGCCUGAGCCGACUAGGUGAACGCCGCCUUGCCGGCCUCCCACGGCGCCCCCCGGCUCUGCCGCCGCUUCGGACGCCGCCACCCCCUUCUCCCUGGGUCCCCUCAGGCGCCACCUUUGCUCCGCCCGGUAGCGGGGCUUCGGGCUCCACGGGGCGAUGUACGGAGGGCGGUGGGAGGUGGUGCUGGCCGCCGUUGGCCCGCCCGACCCCUCGCUGUCCUCCGCCGCCUCCCGGGGCUUCAGUGCAGCCGGGCGGCCAGGCCCCUCCCCGUGGCCAGAUGGAUCCCUCUGCCCCGAAGCCCCGCGCGGAAACCGCCGGCAAAGACAGAUGGCAUCCGGGAGAAAGAUGUCUUGCCCCUUCUUCAGAUAAUGAAAAACUUUGUGAAGCAAGCAUAAAAUCUAUCAUAGCGGAUGAAAAUGGGAAGUCAUUUGCAGUUGUCUUAUAUUCAGAUUUUCAAGAAAGGAAAAUACCUCUUAAAAGACUUCAAGAAGUAAAAUCUGUUAAAGAUUGCACCAGAAAUUAUAUAUUUGAUGAUGAAGAUUUGGAAAAACCUUAUUUCCCAGACCAAAAAUUUCCAUCAUCUGCUAUUGCUUUUAAAUUAUCUGAAUAUGGAGACUCUAUUCCUUAUACUAUUAAUAGGUAUUUGAGAAACUACCAGAGGGAAGGAGCUCAGUUUCUCUAUGGACACUAUAUCCGAGGAAGAGGCUGUAUUCUUGGUGAUGACAUGGGACUUGGAAAAACUGUACAGGUUAUUUCAUUUCUGGCUGCAGUUUUGCAUAAAAAGGGAACUCGUGAGGAUAUUGAAAAUAACAUGCCAGAAUUUUUACUAAGAAGUAUGAAAAAGGAAAUUCCUUCUUCUACAGCAAAAAAGAUGUUCUUAAUAGUUGCUCCUCUUUCUGUCCUCUACAACUGGAAAGAUGAACUGGAUACAUGGGGAUAUUUCAGAGUCACUAUAUUACAUGGUAACAAAAAAGACAGUGAACUUAUUCGUGUAAAGCAGAGGAAAUGUGAAAUUGCUCUGACAACUUAUGAAACGCUACGCUUAUGUUUGGAUGAACUUAACAGUUUGGAAUGGUCAGCUGUCAUUGUGGAUGAAGCUCACAGAAUCAAGAAUCCAAAUGCUAGAGUAACAGAAGUUAUGAAAGCUUUAAAAUGUAAUGUCCGCAUUGGCCUCACUGGAACUAUUCUUCAGAACAACAUGAAAGAAUUAUGGUGUGUUAUGGACUGGGCUGUGCCAGGACUUUUAGGUAGCAGGAUCCACUUCAAGAAGCAGUUUUCUGACCCAGUAGAACAUGGUCAGAGACACACAGCAACGAAAAGAGAACUGGCUACUGGUCGAAAGGCCAUGCAGAGGCUUGCAAAAAAGAUGUCUAGCUGGUUUCUCAGGCGGACCAAGAUUCUUAUCAAGGAUCAGCUGCCUAAAAAGGAAGACCGGAUGGUGUAUUGUUCUCUGACAGAUUUCCAGAAAGCUGUCUAUCGAACCGUGUUAGAAACAGAAGAUGUGACUUUGAUACUUCAGUCUUCUGAGCCUUGUACCUGUAGCAGUGGCCGGAAGAGGAGAAAUUGUUGUUAUAAGACCAAUUCACAUGGUGAAACAGUAAAAACCUUGUAUCUCAGUUACCUUACAGUCCUUCAGAAGGUAGCUAACCAUGUCGCACUACUGCAGGCUGCUAGCACCUCCAAACAGCAGGAAACACUUAUCAAAAGAAUAUGCGAUCAGGUAUUUUCCAGAUUUCCAGAUUUUAUGCAGAAAAGCAAAGAUGCAGCCUUUGAAACACUUUCUGACCCUACAUACAGUGGAAAAAUGAAGGUCCUUCAACAGCUUUUAAAUCAUUGCAGGAAAAACAGAGAUAAAGUCCUUCUCUUCUCCUUUUCCACCAAGUUGCUCGAUGUGCUGCAGCAAUACUGCAUGGCGUCUGGGCUUGAUUACCGACGACUUGAUGGAAGUACAAAACCAGAGGAAAGACUCAAGAUCGUGAAGGAGUUCAACAGUACACAAGAUGUUAACGUUUGCCUUGUCUCUACAAUGGCUGGUGGACUAGGACUCAAUUUUGUUGGUGCCAAUGUUGUUAUAUUAUUUGAUCCUACUUGGAAUCCAGCCAAUGAUCUUCAAGCCAUUGACAGAGCGUAUAGGAUUGGACAAUGCAGAGAUGUCAAAGUGCUUAGGCUGAUAUCCUUGGGAACUGUGGAAGAGAUCAUGUAUUUACGACAGGUAUACAAGCAGCAACUUCACUGUGUGGUGGUUGGAAGUGAAAAUGCCAAGCGAUAUUUUGAAGCAGUUCAAGGAUCAAAAGAGCAUCAAGGAGAGCUGUUUGGGAUCAAUAACCUCUUCAAACUAAGGUCCCAAGGGUCUUGUCUUACGAGGGACAUUCUGGAGAGAGAAGGCCAAGUGGAAGCAGGAAUCAUGACAGCCACAACAUGGUUGAAAGAGGGACCUCCAGCAUGCAAACUAGAGAUGCCUAGAGAACCUGACGGUCAAGAACCCAGAGGUGCAGAACGAUGUGCAGAGCCCCUGGCAAACGAUACAUGUGACCUCUGCGGUGACUUCAGUGAUGAUGAAUCAGUGGGAGCCUCAGGAAUAAAGGCUGCCAGACACAAAGUGUCUGAGUCAAGUAAAGCCGCAGGCUCUCCGGGACAGCUUACCUUACUCCAGUGUGGUUUCUCUAAAUUGUUUGAGACAAAAUAUAAAGCAGUUGAGGAUAGUGAUGGAAAUAUUGCCUUUGAUGAUGAAAGUUCUGAUGAGCAGCCCCUGUGUCUUUCAACAGAAGCCAAAGAUGCUGGUUGUCAGAAAGAUCAGGACUCUCUUGGUACUUCAGAACAUCAGAGAUUAGAUAACAUCCUAAAUCUAAAUGAAAAAUGUAAUUUUGAAAAAAGUGAGAAGAUUUUAGAACAGAAUGUUUCUUCUGAGUCUGACAAUGAGGGAAAUUUUAAAAAUACAGCUAAACAUCAUUGCAUUUUACAGAAUGUCACAGAAUCAGAAGAUAGUGAUGUCAUCUUUCCCACAGAAUACACAACUCAGAGAUUCCCUGAGAAUAGUACAAGGUUUAAGCCACUCCUGGAUGCAUCUGAAGAUUCUGAAACAGAAAACCUUGUAAAAAUAAGAAAUAAUGGUGAUGGUAGAAAGACUGAUGACAGAGGAAAUGGACUAAUUUCAAAAGAAUUAAAUCCUGAGAACACAACCCUGAAAUCUAUUAUGAAAACAAAAGGCACUGAUGAUAUUAGUGACGAAUCUGAUGAUAUUGAAAUUUCCUCCAACUCAAGAGUAAGAAAGCAAAGAGCUACUAGUUCAUUGAGGUUUAAAAGAAAAAAGAAAAGCAAAAGGGAACUUUACAACUUUCCUAAAACAAUGAAGAAAACAAAUGAACUGUAUGCAGCAGAUAAGGAUUGUAACUCUGAGCUUAUUGAUGAUUUUUCAUCCUCAGAUGACGAUUUAUCUGUCAGCCAAUUCAGUUUCUCUAAACAGAGCCAUAGAGCAAAAACUAUAAAUGACAGAAUCAGUUUCUCUUCAAAACUGCCUAGACACAAUACGAAAAAUAGCACUUUUAUGCCAGGAAAACCAAUGAAAUUUUCCAGUGAGAGAGCUGUCAAUCAAGAGCACAUGUAUGAAUCAAUGGAUAAAUUUUUAGAUGGUGUUCAGGAAGUGGCUUACAUUCACUCAAACCAGAAUGUGAUUGGAUCGAGCAAAGCUGAAAAUCAUAUGAGCCGAUGGGCAGCACGUGAUGUAUUUGAGCUGAAGCAGUUUUCCCAGCUUCCUGCUAACAUAGCUGUUUGCAGUUCUAAGACAUAUAAAGAAAAAGUGAAUGCAGAUACAUUGACACAUACAAAGAAAGGCCAACAACGAAGUGAAGGAGGCAUUGCAUUUCCUGUUUGCAUUUCACACCCUGUAAGCCAGAAGAAGAAAAAAGCCUACCGUACAGACCAGACCACCUUCAUAAUAGGAGAAACACCAAAAGAAAUCCGCAGAAAACAAUUUGAAGAAAUGGCCUCUUACUUUAACUUCUCUUCUGUAAACGAAUUGGCCAAACAUAUAACUAAUGCCACAUCAGAAGAACGACAGAAAAUGCUAAGAGACUUUUAUGCUUCUCAGUAUCCAGAGGCAAAAGAAUGUUUUGUGGAUUCUGCUUCAGAAUUCAUCAAAUCUGACUAUGAGAAAGGAGAGAGGGUCAGGAAUAAAUCUGAUAAAAGAGAAUCUCUUAUAAAAGAAAGGCUGUCCAAUUCUAAAACUUUGUCACUUAAAGAUUCUACCAACAAAAUUGUUCACAUUUGCAGCCCAAACAUAUAUAAAGGAAAAUCAAUUAAGUUUCAAAAUUAUGGUUCCUGUAGAAGAGAAGCCCUUUGUAAUGAUGCAGAAACUAAGAAAUUGCCUAUUAGCUCUACCCAAGAGAUUGACAGUGGAAACUGCAGCCAACCAUCCAAAGACACUGCAGCAAAGCGUUCUCUGAACUGUAAGUCUGAAGCACAUGAGAGAAAGUUAGAAAAUACCAUGGAAGACCGACAGGACCUCACAAGAAUGGGCGUUUCAAGAGAUGGAUCCCUUUUUAAAUUGGAAAACAGAAAGAUAGAAAAUCCAGUGUUGGAAAACACUUCUGUGGUAGGCUUACUCGGUGACACCUCUAUUCUUGAUGACCUUUUUAAUAGUCACAGGAACGGUCCCACACAACUGCCAAAGAAAGUUCCUUCAGGGCCCAUGGAAAGAGCAAAACAGAGACCAAAAGAUUUCUGGGACAUCUUGAACGAGCAGAAUGACGACAGUCUCAGUAAACUCACCGAUUUGGCAGUAAUAGAGACUCUAUGUGAAAAAGCACCCCUUGCUGCAUUCUCCAAAAGGAAGGAAGAGCUAGGAACUUCUCUUUGGAAAUCAAAUGAGAAAUUUUUGUGGAAGAAAUUUAACGCAAGUGAUACAGAUGAAAACACAACCAAUACACAGAGUAAUACAUAAACAUCUAAAUGAAUUAGUACACCAGUGAACUGCUGCCAUUGGUAUUUUCAGCACUGUAUUCCACACUAAGUAUAUUAUCUUGAACAUGUAUUUUUAUUAAAUUCUUGCUUUAGGGAUUUUUUAAAGUCCAAAAUGUUAUAAUGGAUUUGUUUUCCUGAAUAUCUGAUUUGAUCUUUUAAAAAAUAUGAUUUAUUAUGGCGUAAACUCUGUUAGGAAAUGGAAAAGAUCCUGGAUGUGUUGUGAGGAGACCUGGGGCACCUCUCCUAUUACAGAAUUGUGUGACCUUAGAUAUGUUACUUGCCAUGGGGUGCAUCCAUUUCCUGAUAUAAAAAGAUGAAGGGUUGGAGCUAGAUCAGUAUGUCUUUCCAGUUUAAAAAAGCUUUGGUUCACUCUCCCAGGUUCCAUAAAGUCAUAGGCCAAAUCAUGCCCAUUCCCCAAAUCAUUGAUUUGUUUCUUUCUUAAUUUUCAUUUGGAAAAUUAUUAAGUGUUUUCCUUUUCCCUCAGUAUCAUGUUCUAUUAUUAAGUUAUUUUAGAUAAAAGUCAUAACUAAUACUGAAUGGACCAUAAAUAGUCCAGUGGUAAUUUUAUAACAACUAAAAAUCAAAGGGUUAAUGGUGUGUAACUUUACUUUGGCGUUAUAUCUCAUAUGGUAAUAUGAUUAUUAUUGUCGGCCACGGAUACCAAUGCCUCAACUUUUUAUACAACUAUUAUGCUU